AUGUAUCGUUGGAUAUUCAAUAAAUCUCUGCGUUAUUCAUUAACCAUUUGCCCAAGAUGUGUUUCACAAGAAGCCAGUAUUAAACUUAAGCCAAAAAAGAUGUACGAUAAUGUUCUAUAUGGAAAGCCAGUAGCUAAUCGAAUACUAGAAAAAUGUAAACAAGAUUGUGAUGAAUAUAUUCUUAAAUAUGAUCGACAACCACGUUUAACAGCUUUAUUGGUCGGUGGACAUCCUAGCAGUAAAUUAUACAUUAAAAAUAAGCAAAAAGCAGCCAAACGUGUCGGCAUUGAAUUUAAUGUUGUGAAUCCUGUAAUGCAUUCGACACAUGAAGCAAUUGUAGAUUUAAUUCAAACAUUAAAUAACGACGAUAGUGUCGAUGGAAUACUCUUACAAUUACCUUUACCAUUACAUUUAAUUGAUCAAACAGAAAACUUGAUUCAGAUGAUUCAUGCAGAUAAGGAUGUUGAUGGAUUUACAACAGAAAAUUAUUGUCAAUCGACAACAAUGAUACCAGUUGUGGACGCUGUUCAUGAACUAUUAAAAGAGAUUGGUGAACCAACCAAAGGAAAAAAUGUUGUUGUUAUCGGUCGUUCGAAAUAUGUUGGUGCACCUAUAGCACUUCUACUCAGUCGUUCAACAGUCUUAUCCAAUGAACUAGUUGGGGACGCACAUGUAACAAUUUGUCAUCGAGAGACUCCAUUAGACAAUUUCAAAAUGCAUUGUAAAAAUGCCGAUAUUAUUAUUUCAGCUGCUGGACGACCAAGACUAGUAACACACGAUAUGGUUAAAAAGGACGUCAUUGUUAUCGAUGUGGGUAUUACAAAAUCAAGCGGUAGCAAUACUGUAUUUGUCGGCGAUGUCUGCUUUGACGAAGUUCGUAAAUCGGCCAAAUUUAUUACACCUGUACCCGGUGGUGUUGGCCAAGUAACUGUUGCUUGCUUAUUAAAAAAUCUCUUAACAUUAGCUAAUAGACGCGUGACUAAAGCAUUUAUGAACGAACAGACAAAUAAUCAUACGUAA